AUGGCUGAAAAUAUUGAGGAAAUAUUAGCAGAAAUUGAUGAAGACCAAAUUGAAGAAUAUCAACACUUUUUUGAUUUGUUUGAUAAAGGUAAGAAUGGUUAUAUAAUGGCUACACAACUUAGCCAAAUAAUGGAUGUUAUGGAGCAGGAUUAUGAUGAAAAAACUUUGAGAAAAUUAAUUCGAAAAUUCGACGCUGAUGGUUCUGGAAAAUUAGAAUUUGAUGAAUUCUGUGCUUUAGUCUAUACAGUAGCAAAUAGUGUAGAUAAAGAGACACUUCGAAAUGAAUUAAAAGAGGCUUUUAGAUUGUUUGAUAAAGAAGGUUAUGGGUAUAUUUCUACGGGAACAUUAAAAGAACUUUUACAUGAAAUAGCCCCAGAUCUUAGUGAUAAAGAAUUGGAUGAUGCUGUUGAUGAAAUAGAUGAGGAUGGAUCGGGGAAAAUUGAAUUUGAGGAAUUUUGGGAAUUAAUGGCUGGUGGGGAAUAUGAUUAA